GGCUGCUGCAUCGUGACGCUCUAGCCAGCUACGCCAUGCACGACGCGGUCGUGGCCGCCGUCCACCACGCCGUCGUCGCCAGCGCCGCCGCGGCCCUUGUUGCGCUGGCCGUCGCGCUCUUCCUUCUCUGGCGGAAGAGGCUCGUGGCCGCCGCGAGAGCCGCCGACGGUGCCGCUGUCGUCCCCGGUCCAGCGGCUACGACAGCACCUCUGCGGGUGGUCCCGCUCGCCGACGUCGAGCGCGCGACGGACGGGUUCCACCCGAGCCGUGUCAUCGGGCAGGGGAGGCACUUCGCCGUGUACGCGGCGGCGCCCGGGAUCGCCGCCAAGCGCAUGCACCCGCACCUCGUCCUCGGCGACCCAGGCGGGCGCCGGUUCCCCGCCGCGGUCCGCUCGCUCGCCGUGCCGCCCCACCCUAACCUCGCCGCGCUCGUCGGACUCUCCGAGGGCCCAGGCGAGCGCGUCCUCCUCGUCGAGCGCGCCCCCGCCGGCGCCGUCAGCCUCGACAGGGUCCUCGGCGGGGACGACGCCCACCCUCCUCUGUCGUGGCACCAGCGCGCCGCGGUCGCCGCGGGCGCCGCGCGCGGGCUGGCGCACCUGCACGCGCACGGCGUGGCGCACGGCCGCGUGCGGCCGCGCAACCUGCUGGUGAACGCCAACGCCGGCGCGCGCUGGAGGCACGCCACCAGGCUCACCGACUACGGGCUGGCCGGCUUCCUCGACCGCGCCGACGCCCACGCGGAGACCGACGUGUACAUGUUCGGCGCGGUGCUGCUGGAGCUGCUCACCGGGCGGCGCUGGGAUGGCGGCCGGCUGGCGGACUGGGCGCUUCCGCGGAUACGCGCCGGCACCGGGCCGGGCGCGUUGGCGGAGGUGCUCGACGUCGCACGGGCCGGCCCGCCGCGCGACAAGGCUGAGGCGCGGCUGCUGGCGCGUACGGCCAGGGUGGCACUGGCGUGCGUCGGCAACGACGGGCGCAGCCGCCCCGGGAUGGCGGAGGUGUCGGCCAUCCUCAGCGACGUGGAGGCCGCGUACCGGGGCCGCAAAGGCGCGCCAGAAGGCGAGGAGGAGGAGGACGACGGCGACGGCGAUGAGGGGCGUCUGAGUGGGUGUCUUCUUGCCCCGAGCCGGAGCGCGCACAAGGGGGACAAGUUGCUCCGGCUUCCCGUGUGAAUCAGUGAAUGCGAUGUUAAUUCACUGGGGGAGUGAUCAACUGAUUGCUACUAGUAUUUAGCUAGGGUAGGAAAUCUGCUUGCUUGUUUGAACAUGUACACAAUUCUUUGCUGAGGUUCUUUUUUCCUUCUAUUUUUGUAAAAAUUCAGACAAUUCAGUUGCAGUCUUGCAGCAGAUCAUGAGUAGAAUGUACAGGCUAUUUGAGUGUAUGGUGGUUUAAAUAAAUAUGUCCUCGCAAAAAAUAUAUAUAUAUGGGUGGCUUUUCAUGAUCGACCCUGUUUGUAAUGUAGAUUUUUUUUUAGAA